AUGAACUCCUCUACCAAGCUUCAUGCCCUAUUGAAACUAGAACGUUUGAAUGGAGCACCAUCACGAUUUCGGACCAUCAGUAAACCUAAAGCUCCACCAGGAGCUAAGGGUACAUUUGGCGGUAUUUUGGUGUCUCAAUCGUUGCUAGCGUCCAUGCAAACGGUACCAAUAGCAUUCAGGCCCAGUUCCCUGCAUUCAUACUUCCUUAUUGGAGGAAACCCAAACCACCACAUCGAGUACGACGUUGAGUCUCUUCGCGCUGGUAAAAAUUUCAUCCACAAACAAGUCAAGGCGUACCAAUUUAACAAGUUGAUCUUCAUCUCUACGAUAUUGUUCUAUCGGAAACCAAAACCAGAUAAAUUGCAUGCAUUGAACAAGUUGGGGAAGCUUCAAGAGUUACCACCGUUCGACAAAUUCUAUCCAUCCACCCAACUAUUCGAAAAAGAUGUGCUAAGUAAUGGGAACCUACCCAAAUUUAAGCGCAUCUCUAGCGUGUUCCAAGGAUCUGAUGAAGAAACAGAAAAGGUUAGGGAACGUUUCGAAGCUGGGAGUGUGGACUACCGCUUCCCAAAUAACUUCUUUGUCAAUCAGACGGAUUCUGACCAAUUAGAUUAUUAUUUAAGGGUUCGCGAAGAUAUUGGGGAAGAAGAACUAGAACAAGACGAAAAUGAAGUAUCUGACGUGUCUGAAAAUGACGCUAGAUUCAACUAUAUCGCAUUUGCAUACCUAUCUGACUCCUAUGUCUUGCUCUCUUUGCCUUACUUCCACAAACUUCCAUUGUAUUCCCACAAAUUCAGUGUCUCUCUCGACCACACGAUAUACUUUCACCAAUUGCCACGCGUUAGCAAAUGGAUGUUUGCUCAACUCUUUAAUCCACGUUCGUAUCACGACAAACACUUGAUCUUGGGCCAUUACUAUGAUAGAGAGUCUAAGAGCCUAGUGGCAACUAUCACGCAGGAAGGCUUAGUGGCAUACCAGGAAAAGGAUGUGAUUAUGAGUAAGUUCCAUGGCGAUUCCAAGCUAUAA